AUGGCCGAAGAGAACGAAAACGAAGCUACCCAAGUCGGGGCUGAAUACUUGGGAUUACAAACGGCUAUUAGAAGUCGUGAUAACCUAGCCAAAGACCCUUACUUUCAAUCUGUACAAGUCGGGUCGUCGAAGGCCCCUGCUCGAGCCCCGAUGGCCAGUUGGCAGCUGUGGGGAAGACGAGACCUUUCCGAAAACCCUGCGAUACCUCCGGGAACAAAGUAUGCCAUCGAGUUUUACGGUGGCAACGUUAACAAUGCGUCCGGUAGCACCUGCGGAGGAGUAGCGGCCCAAACAGAAAAUGAACAGGCUACAAGGCAGUCAGCCUAUUCUCCAAUCCUGCCUGAACUGCUGGGCGAAGAUGGCAUGCCUGUCGACAAACCCAGGCCGAGUAGCCUGGUACGACUUAUCGGAUUGGAGCCCCGCAACCCUUACAUUCUCAGGGAAUAUCCAGCGAGGCAUUUAAAGAGGUUUUCGGAGAUGUAUAAUGUACAUUAUAUAAAACCUGUCGCUUUCAAUGUUUGUGAUGAAUCAGUUCAUAUAGCGACGGAUGGCAAAGAGUACUACAUAGUAUUCCUUGACCUGGAGUCAGCCGUUGUGCCGGUCGGAGAUUCCUGGGACGGAGUCCUCGAGGUCUUUAAGGAUAUAGACGUUUUGCUGCCUGAUGUGGUCAGGAUUGAAAGCAUAGGAGGAGUAUAUCACCCCUUGGACGAGGAAGAACAAGAAGAAUUCUUCCCGUCCAAAAAACCGAGGACCAAAGAGUCGGAGGCUUACCAACAAGAGCUGCUUCGCCGGCUCCUCGAGCUAACAGAGGACUAA